UUGUUUUCGAUACCCUCCCUCGUGAUGUUGUUGCUAUCUCUUACACUCUUUUUUUCUUCUUGGCACACCUUCGUUUACGCUGGUAAUCAAACCAAGGGCGAGAACUGCACUAUCACUAACAACCGCCUCGAAUUCGGCACAUUUCAAUUUCAUAGCGAUUGCGACGUACAAACAUACUGCUCGUCGUCGCAGGGCACUUGUGAACUGAAAGGCUGCAGAAAGGACCAAUAUCCAUUUGGGUAUACACCAGGCGACUGGGUGCCACCACUGUGUCCUGCUGGGCAGUUUUGUCCCGACGAGAGCGAUGCGUGCCAGCCUUGGCUACCUGUUGGCAGUGCAUGUCAGCUGAACCGUGAUGACCAAUGCCAGCCGCCUCCAAAUUGGCAGCAAUUAGCUGAUCCCUCAAAGUACGGCCGUAACGUAAAUGGCUCCAUCUGUCUGAACAACGUCUGCAUGUGGGCAAAUGUCACAGUUGGCCAAUCUUGUGAAGUAGAGAACACCGCCUACAUCGCUUAUGCGGGAAAUAACGAAUUCAUUGAUAUCGUGUCACGAGGGAACUGUCAAAUAGGGUCGUAUUGCGAUUCGCAGUCGUUAGUUUGCAUUCAGGCGAAAGAGCUUGGGGAGACCUGUGAUGCAGACAAAGAAUGUUCGUCGUUUAACUGCUUGGAUAAAGGCGUUUGUGGUCUAGGUUCCGACUCGCCAAAAUACUUCAAGACCUGGGAACGUGAAAAGCGUCUCCAGUACUGGUGUGAACAGAAUGCCUUCCGCCAGAGCAUCAUGCAAAUGAAGGAAAUUGCUCGCACCUCCAUCUUGUCUCUCCCUGGCGGCACCGGGAAUAGCAACCGCAGUACAGUCUGCAGUCGCGCUGGAUCAGAAGAGUCAUUCACACCGAUGGUCCAGCACUCGGUCCACAAGUCGAGCGGGUUGAGACAGCAGUACCUGUCAGAUGAUAACGGGAGUGUAUACGAUGAGAUGAUGAUGCAAGCGGGUCAUCGGUAGGUGUGGGUGUUGUGUACAGACGCCUUGAGCUUUUUGAGUCUUAUCCGUCAACCGGGGACUAUUUUUCACCACGGACUGACUGAUCUCUUCACAUGAUAUCCUCUUAUAUACGUAUACUUAGAAUGGACCUUAAUUCGUAUUCUUGGGUGUCAGGACGGA